UUUUACCGUCAAAGUCUGUGAGUCGGUUUCCUCCCUGUGGACUGUAGAGGAAAGAAAUGUGAGAAUGACCAGUUUGACUCAUCUGUGGACACAAAGUCGUGAUGUAUACUGCGCGCGCUGCUUCCUGUUACUGACUGAAGGCCAGAAGAUGAGUGUUUGUGUGGAGGAAGAGGAGGACAGAGCAGAGUCUCCAGGAUCCAUCUGUCUGUCUCUGAAGAGUGACUGGUUCAAAGGAAAACCUCCAGACUUCAGUAAUGAACCUGGACCCUCAGACACAAAAGAGAGGAAGAGGAGUCCUGUUUCUGUGGAGGAGCAGCCGUCCUGCUGUGCUUUGUGUCAGGACAUCCUGAAGGAUCCGGUCUCUACCAGCUGUGGACACUGGUUCUGCAGACGGUGCAUCACCUCAUACUGGGACCAGUCUGCUUCAUCAGGAGACUCCUCCUGUCCCCAGUGUGGAGACAGAUCCAGAACAAGACCUGGACUGCGAACAGCCAGUCAGACCAGCACUGUACAAACAGAUAGUGGUCUGCAGGAGGUUUUAGAUGAACAUAAGAUCAGUCUGAGGAGGAGAUGUGAACGUGUGACUGAAGGAAGUGAUGAAACAGGAAGUGGAACCCUCCUCAACAGGAUCUACACUGAGCUCUACAUCACGGAGGGACAGAGUGAAGAGGUUAAUACCCAACAUGAGGUGAGGCAGCUUGAGACAGCUUCCAAGAUGGAGACCCUCCAUGACACUCCAAUCAAGUGCCACGACAUCUUUAAAGCCUUACCCGGCCAACAGGGACACAUCAGAGUCGUUCUGACGAACGGCGUCGCUGGCGUUGGAAAAACCUUCUCGGUGCAGAAGUUCACUCUGGACUGGGCAGAGGGCUUGGAAAACCAAGGCGUCAGUCUGCUGAUUCUGCUUUCGUAGGAGCUGAACUUGAUCAGAGAUGAGCGGUACAGUCUUCUCGAGCUGCUCCAUGUUUUCCAUCCAACAUUACAGAAGGUCACAGCAGAGAAGCUCGCUGUCUGGAAACUUCUGUUCAUCUUUGACGGCCUGGAUGAAAGCAGACUUUCACUGGAUUUCCACAACAAUGAGGUCGUGUCUGAUGUCACACAGAAGUCAUCAGUCAACGUGCUGCUGACAAACCUCAUCGAGGGGAAUCUGCUUCCCUCGGCUCUCGUCUGGAUCACUUCCCGACCUGCAGCAGCCAAUCAGAUCCCUCCUUCAUGUGUUGGCAGGGUAACAGAAGUACGAGGCUUCACUGACGCCCAGAAGGAGGAGUACUUCAGGAGGAGAGUCCGUGAUGAAGAGCUGUCCAGCAGAAUCAUCUCCCACAUCAAGACAUCCAGGAGCCUCCACAUCAUGUGUCUGAUCCCAGUCUUCUGCUGGAUCACUGCUACAGUUCUGGAGCACAUGUUGACUACAGACCAGAGAGGAGAGCUGCCCAAGACCCUGACUGACCUGUACUCACACUUCCUGCUGGUUCAGACAAAGAGGAAGAAGCAGAAGUAUGAUGAGGGACAUGAGACGAGUCCACAGGAGCUGACGGAGGCUGACAGGAAGGUUCUUCUGAAGCUGGGGAGGCUGGCGUUUGAACAUCUGGAGAAAGGAAACAUCAUGUUCUACCAAGAAGACCUGGAGCAGUGUGGUCUGGAUGUCUCAGAGGCCUCGGUGUACGCAGGAGUUUGUACAGAGAUCUUCAGAAGAGAGAGUGUGAUCUUCCAGAAAACAGUCUACUGCUUUGUUCAUCUGAGCGUUCAGGAGUUUCUGGCUGCCGUCUACAUGUUCCACUGUUACACCAAAAGGAAGACAAAGGUACUGGAGGACUUCCUGGGGAAAGACUGGAAACGCAGGGGCUCAACCCUGGAUGUCUUCCUGAUGAGAGCCAUGGAGAAAUCUCUGCAGAGUAAAAAUGGCCACCUGGACCUGUUUGUCCGCUUCCUUCAUGGCCUCUCUCUGGAGUCCAACCAGAGACUCUUAGGAGGCCUGCUGGGUCGGACAAAGAACAGUCCAGAAAUCAUCCAGAGAGCCAUCAACAAACUGAAGAAGAUGAACAGUGAUGAGAUCGCUCCUGACAGAAGCAUCAACAUCUUCCACUGUCUGACGGAGAUGAACGACCACUCAGUCCAUCAGGAGAUCCAAGAGUUCCUGAAGUCAGAGAACAGAUCAGAGAAGAAACUCUCUGAGAUCCACUGCUCAGCUCUGGCCUACAUGCUGCAGAUGUCAGAGGAGCUUCUGGAUGAGUUGGACCUGAAGAAGUACAACACAUCAGAGGAGGGACGAUGGAGACUGAUUCCAGCUGUGAGGAACUGCAGAAAGGCUGUACUUUCUGGCUGUCGACUCUCAGAGACUCACUGUGAAGUCGUGGCCUCAGCUCUGAAGUCCAACCCCUCCCAUCUGAGAGAGCUGGACCUGAGUUACAACAACCUGCAGGAUUCAGGAGUGAGGCUGCUGUCUGCUGGACUGGAGAGCCCACACUCUAGACUGGAGACUCUGAGAUUGAGUCGCUGCAGGUUGUCAGAGAUCAGCUGUGCUUCUCUGGCCUCAGCUCUGAAGUCCAACCCCUCCCAUCUGAGAGAGCUGGAGCUGAGUGACAACAAGCUGCAGGAUUCAGGAGUGAAGCUGCUGUCUGCUGGACUGGAGAGUCCACACUGCAGACUGGAGACUCUGAGAUUGACUUACUGCAGUUUGUCAGAGAUCAGCUGUGCUUCUCUGGCCUCAGCUCUGAAGUCCAACCCCUCCCAUCUGAGAGAGCUGCGGCUGAACUACAACUACCUGCAGGAUUCAGGAGUGAAGCUGCUGUCUGCUGGCCUGGACAGUCCACACUGCAGACUGGAGACUCUGAGAUUGAGUGGCUGCAGCUUGUCAGAGAUCAGCUGUGCUUCUCUGGCCUCAGCUCUGAAGUCCAACCCCUCCCAUCUGAGAGAGCUGGACCUGAGUGACAACAAGCUGCAGGAUUCAGGAGUGAAGCUACUGUGUGUUUUUCUGGAGAGUCCACACUGCAGACUGGAGACUCUGAGAUUGAGUUGCUGCAGGUUGUCAGAGACCAGCUGUGCUUCUCUGGCCUCAGCUCUGAAGUCCAACCCCUCCCAUCUGAGAGAGCUGGACCUGAGUGACAACAAGCUGCAGGAUUCAGGAGUGAAGCUGCUGUCUGAUCUUGUGGAGAGUCCACACUGCAGACUGGAGACUCUGAGGAUCAACAGCAAGUUGAUCACAGCUGACAAACACAAAAAAUAUGACUCCGAUGUCAAACUGGAUGUAAAAAAAACCCUGCCCGGUGACAAAAAGGCUCCAUUAUCCUUCUCACCUGAACAGACAACUGGAUCUUCAUACAGGUUCAGGUGUCCUGGUCCAGGUGUGUUCCAGUGUACUUUGACUGGACUGGUGUUUGUUAUGGCUCAGGAGGCGGAGCUGCUGUACAGGACUGUCCAAUGGGAUGAGAGCCUCCUCCAAUCAGCUGGCAAGAUGGCUGCAGGGAUGCUGUUCGAUAUCAAGUGUUCGGAGGAUGAUGCUGUCUGUCAGCUCCACCUGCCACACUGCGAAACAAAGGAUGCGUUGCUUGUUGAUGGUCUGCUGUCUGUCGUCCACAUCACUGAUGAUGGGAUGAGCAUUUUGGAGCCGCUGGAGAUUACAGACACUCAUGUGGUUGUGAAGGUCCCUCACCUCUCUGCCUUUGGCCUCGUCUGGGACUUGGUUCAAAGGUUUCUGAACAUCUCACUGCCAAUAAAUGGCCAAGUUCUGCUGUUCCUCCGACCUCCAAACAUUAGGCAUCAAAUCCUCGAUGUAUUUCUGCUACAGGACAACAUCCCUCUGCAUGAGGUAAAGCUCUCUGUCACGUGUGUUUACCGUCAGCCUAAACUCGUGUUUUAAGCCCCAGCUGUUUCCACAAACAUGAUUCAGGUCAGCCACACUUUGCUCCUCCUCAUGCUGUCAUGUCAUUUUAGGCAUCUGCAAUUGCAUAU